AUGUCUGGCGAAGACCAACCUGUUUUCACCAAUUCGCAGCUUCUCGGGCAGUCGGUUAAUAUUCUACCCAGCCUUGGCAACGGGCCGUUUGAUGUUGGAUCGUUACUCAGCGAUACAACCCGCGUCAUCUCCAUUAGCAAGUCAACAAAGAUAGUCCAAGCGAACAACGACAAAAAGAUAACGAUUCCCAACGACGUCAACUGCACCGUCUUGAAUAACAGCUCUUCCAGCGUGCUGGUAGUGGACAGCGGACAUACCAUCAGCAACUCGUGGUCGGUGAACGCUUCGGCAAGCGGCAGCUAUUCAGGAGUCAGUCUAGACGCUUCUGCCUCAUACAGCUUUGGCACAAGCUUGAGCCAAAGCAACUACUACGGGUUUUUCGGCUUCGAGUAUAGCUCGUUUACUCUCACCUUGCAGAAAGCUACUAUCAGGAAUAAAAGUAACGUGGACCCCCAGUUGCUAGCAGACGCUGCGACAUUACCUGAAUGGAAGGCCUGGAAUGAUGGUACCUACAGACCCGACAAAGACACGUACGACAAGUACAUGGAGUUCUUCGACAGUUGGGGAACCCAUCUCAUUACACACUGUCAUUUCGGAGCGCGAUUCUCGGCCAAGGUCGAGAUUGGCAAGGAAAAGUGUGAGAGCAAGGAAAGCUUCGAGACGAAUCUAAAAGCCGAGUUCAGUGGAGUCGCAAGCAUCGAGGCGGGAGCGAAGAAAAACAAAGAAUAUGAAUCUUACCGCAACAGUCGAAAAGUCGAUGCAUAUGUCAAGGGCGGCGACCAAGGGCUAGCCGCCGUGUCGGAACGCCGCCCCCAGGAUAGUGAUGAUUAUAAUGCGUGGGCAAAGAGCAUCACGAACGAGACGACCCUAGCCCCGGUGCGGCUUGCGCUUACAAACAUGGCCGAGAUGUUGCGGAAAGUUGCAAAAACCGACGAGGAACGCAAGGCCGCAAAGAAUCUCAGCAACGCGUUUGCGUGGCUCGCCAAGUUCCAGCGCAUAGACGGAACUGUGUUCUUCGGCGCCCUUCCCCGCGACACACAAAAGUACGAGAUGUACAUUACCGCACCACCGGGAAUACUAUGUGAAAUUAGAGAAGCAAAACAACAAUAG